AUGUCAGGCGCAAGGCAUUGGGAGCAAGAUAAAGAGGCCACCGUCUAUAUUGGGAACCUGGAUGAACGGGUCUCAGAUAGCCUGGUAUGGGAGCUCAUGCUACAGGCGGGGCGCAUCGUUAACGUUCACCUGCCGAAAGAUCGCGUCACACAGUCGCAUCAAGGAUAUGGGUUCGUGGAGUUCAUUAGCGAAGAGGAUGCCGAAUACGCGUCGCGGAUUAUGAACGGGAUCCGACUCUACGGAAAGCCUAUUCGCGUGAACAAGGCCUCUGCCGAUAAACAGAAAUCUGUGGAAAUUGGCGCAGAACUUUUCGUUGGAAAUCUUGACCCUAUGGUUACGGAACAAGUUCUCUAUGACACAUUCAGCCGCUUUGGUAACCUGGUCAAUCUACCAAAGGUCGCCAGAGAUGACAGCAAUCUAUCAAAGGGCUAUGGAUUCGUGUCAUUUGCCGAUUUCGAAUCUUCGGACGCUGCCAUAACUAACAUGAACGGCCAGUAUCUCAUGAACAAGCAAGUCUCGGUACAAUACGCGUAUAAAAAGGACGGAAAGGGCGAGCGGCACGGAGAUGAAGCAGAGCGAAUGUUGGCUGACCAGGCCCGGAAACACAACGUACGCCCAUCAACACAAGCACCCCCACCACAAUUCCCAAAUCCCGGAACACCCGUAGCACCAGGCGGAAUUCCCAACGGCGAAACCUCACGGCCAAUGAGCACCGCACCGCAAGACCCAGGCAUGGGGAGAGGACCAGUACCUCCACCGCAAAAUGUCGGCUUUCAAAAUGUGCCUCCACCCCAGCAGCAAAACAGACCUGGCCCUCCGCCGCCGGCAGCACCUCUCGCAAACCCGCCCCCGGGCCUACCCGCACGGCCUCCCCCUUCACAAGCUGGGUAUGGUGGCCCGCAAGCGUUUUUACCUCCAGGUUUCAACAAUGCAGGCCAACAGGCACCCUUCUCUCCGCAGAGCGCACCUCCACCUGGAUUUGCAGCGCCAGGUUUUGGUCCUCCCUCGGGCACAUCUGGUCCUCCACCUCCCCUACCGCCCGGUUUCCAGCAGCAGGGAUAUGGUCGAGGGCGCUGAUUUCUGAUUUGGAGAUGCAUGAAUACAGCUUACAAUGAAAAAGAAUAAACCGAUGGGCAGAAUUUCCCUUCCCCCCCUAAAAAGAAGGACUAGGAAUGCGAGCUCGAACUCGGGCCAAGACCGCUUUCGAGUA